GAGGCAGCGCUCGUUGGGGUCCUUCCUUCCCGCCCCGCCCCCAUAAAAGCCGCCGCUGCAGCCGCAGUCGGGCCUGAGGAGACGCCGCCACCCGGUUGUAGCCGCACGAUGCCUUCAAUUAAACUUCAGAGUUCAGAUGGAGAGAUUUUUGAAGUUGAUGUUGAAAUUGCAAAGCAAUCUGUAACUAUCAAGACUAUGUUGGAAGAUUUGGGAAUGGAUGAUGAAGGAGAUGAUGACCCAGUUCCUCUUCCAAAUGUUAAUGCAGCUAUAUUAAAAAAGGUGAUCCAGUGGUGCACCCACCACAAAGAUGAUCCUCCUCCUCCUGAGGAUGAUGAGAACAAAGAGAAAAGAACAGAUGAUAUCCCUGUGUGGGACCAAGAAUUCCUGAAGGUAGACCAAGGAACACUCUUUGAACUUAUCCUGGCUGCAAACUAUUUGGACAUCAAAGGCUUGCUUGACGUCACAUGCAAGACUGUUGCAAACAUGAUUAAAGGGAAAACUCCAGAAGAAAUUCGUAAGACAUUCAAUAUCAAGAAUGACUUCACUGAGGAGGAAGAGGCACAGGUACGCAAAGAGAACCAGUGGUGUGAAGAGAAGUGAAGUUUUGUGCCCGACACUCUUAACACUGUAAGGAUUGUUCCAAAUACUAGUUGCACUGCUCUGUUCAUAAUUGUUAAUAUUAAGACAAAUGCAGCAGUAAACGAAGUCACGUUAGCAGGAUAUUGUUCCUUUGCAUGUGUAGUGGUUUUUGAGUACCAAUUUAAACCCUGAGUUUUUACCAGUGUAAUCGGAUGUCUUUUAUGUUACUAUGAAUAAAACUGAACUAAGUGUGGGUUCUGUAUGGAAAGUAGCAUUCCGGGCUAUCACCUUUCAUUUACCAUUAAUUGUUUGUGCCCAGCUACAGUGUUAUUAUUGCUUAUUUGACAUCUGACAUCCUUCAGCUCCACCAUUGUAAAUAAAACCACAGCAAAAAUUUCUGAAAUAGCUAACUUUUUCAUUUUAAUUCCUGGGAUAUUAAUGGCUUUAAAGAAUUAAAGGAUUUCUUGAGGAAGCA